GCUUCUAUCACUCUUACAAACCCAAAUAUUGUAGCAAAUUUUUCUAUUUCCUUUUGUUUUUUUUUUAAUCGAAGAAAAAUGGAAAACCCGACCCUGACCGGUUUGUUGAAGAAGGUCGCCUCGGAAUUCCCGAACCGCCGCGCUAUUUCCGUUUCCGGCAAAUUCGACUUGACCCAUGCCCGAUUACAGGAGCUCGUCGAGCACGCCGCCUCUCAAUUACUCGCCGCCGGCAUCGGUCCCCACGACACCGUCGCUCUCACCUUCCCCAACACAAUUGAGUUUGUGGUGAUGUUCUUGGCGGUGAUACGGUGCCGAGCCACCGCCGCGCCGCUGAACGCGGCGUACACGGCGGAGGAGUUCGAGUUCUACCUCUCCGACUCCGAGUCGAAGCUUCUGAUCACGGCGGAGAAGCCAAUUCAGUCGGCUCUGACCGCCGCUUCCAAGCUCAGCAUCCCUUACGUGACGGCGUCGCUGCCCGACUCCGCCGCACAUAUUUCUCUGUCUUCAACCACCACCGCCGGCAAGCCGAGUUGCGACUCGGUUUCGGAACUCGUUAACGACCCGUCCGACGUGGCACUCUUCCUCCACACGUCGGGGACCACCAGCCGGCCCAAGGGGGUUCCCCUGACCCAGCUCAAUCUGGCCUCGUCGGUUCGGAACAUCCGGUCGGUCUAUAAACUCACCGAGUCGGACUCGACGGUGAUCGUCCUGCCGUUGUUUCACGUGCACGGGUUAAUCGCCGGGUUACUGAGUUCACUCACCGCCGGAGCCGCCGUGACGCUCCCGGCGGCGGGGCGAUUCUCCGCUUCGACGUUCUGGUCAGACAUGCUCGCAUACAACGCCACGUGGUACACUGCGGUGCCCACCAUCCACCAGAUCAUUCUCGACCGUCACGCCAACAAACCCGAACCGGCCUACCCGAAGCUCCGGUUUAUCCGGAGCUGCAGCGCGUCGCUGGCACCGUCAAUUUUGACGCGUUUGGAGAAGUCGUUCGGCGCGCCGGUGCUGGAGGCUUACGCGAUGACGGAGGCGUCCCAUUUGAUGUGUUCGAACCCGUUACCCGAAGACGGCGAGCACAAACCCGGGUCCGUCGGGAUACCCGUGGGCCAGGAAUUGGCCAUCUUGAACGAGAACGGCGUCGUUCAGCCGAAUGACGUCAGCGGCGAGGUGUGCAUUAGAGGACCUAAUGUGACAAAAUGGUAUAAGAACAACCCGGAAGCAAACAAAGCGGCUUUCACAUUCGGGUGGUUCCACACAGGAGAUGUUGGGUUUUUGGACUCCGAUGGGUACUUGCACCUGGUGGGUCGGAUCAAGGAGCUCAUUAACCGUGGAGGGGAGAAGAUAUCACCAAUUGAAGUAGACGCAGUGCUCUUGUCACAUCCCGAAAUUGCUCAGGCAGUUUGUUUCGGAGUGCCUGAUGAUAAAUAUGGUGAAGAGAUUAACUGUGCUAUAAUCCGAAGAAAAGGCUCAAGCAUAGACAAAGAAGAAGUGCUGCGUUUUUGCAAGAAGAAUCUUGCAGCUUUCAAGGUGCCCAAAAGAGUGUUCAUCACUGACACGGUUCCGAAAACUGCAACAGGGAAGAUCCAACGUCGCAUUGUGGCAGAGCAUUUCCUUGCUCAAAUCUCCACUGCUAAGGUUCCCAAGUUUGGUGCUUAACUCCUAGGCACAUUACAUAUAGGGCUGCUUCAUUUUACUUCCAUACACAUCUCUAAUGGUUUACAUUAGGUUUUCGGAUUUUUUUUUUUUUUUUUAGUUGUAUAAUCUGUUGAUUCGAAAUUCAACACAUGGAUGGUUACAUAAAGCCAUAUACCGAGGGGGUCUUUGUCACCUCACUGGUUGCGUAUUCGUUUC